ACACAUACUGCGCCCUCCUCUGUGUCUCAAAACUACUGCACUUCCAUGGAGAUGUCUUCGUCCCUCCUCUCAACACCAACAAUUGUUAUCACCACGAUCAUUGCAUUAGCAGUCUCUCUUUACUAUAUUUCUGGCCUUCGCAAUAUUAGAAGUGGCCAGACGGGUCGUGGAAAGAAAAUGGUGCCUUCUGCAGGCGGUUCGUGGCCCUUGAUCGGCCACCUCCACCUCUUAGGCGGAUCGAUCCCGCCCCACAUAGUCCUUGCUGAGAUGGCAGACAAUUACGGUGCGAUGUUUGCGGUCAAGCUAGGGAUCCGUCAAACUGUGGUUGUGAGCACUUGGGAGAUGGCCAAGGAAUGCCUCACUACCAAUGACCGGGCUUUAGCCACCCGGCCGAGGUCUCUGAGCUCCGAGGUGAUGGGCUACAACGGCGCCUUCGUGGGCUUGAGUCCGUACGGUCCUUACUGGAGCCAAAUCCGCAAGAUCAUCACCCGCGAGCUGCUCUCCAGCCAUCAGCUUGAGCUACUCAGGCAAGUCUGUGAGUCCGAGGUCCUUGGCUGGAUGAAGGACAUGUACAAGGAAUGCACGAGCACAGAGAGAGAUAUUAUCGGUUUGACGAGGACAACAGUGAGAACAACAAAGGUGGACAUGAAGAGGCGAUUCGGGGACUUGGCCCUGAACAUGAUGCUCAGGAUAAUUGUAGGGACGGAGUACACUAAAGCUGACGGAGGAGUGAAUGACGGAAUGAAGUUUCUCAUCAGGGAUUUCAUUGAGCUGGCCGGGAGGUUCGUGGCAUCAGAUGCGCUACCCUUCCUAAGUUGGCUAGACUUGGGCGGGUAUCAAGCGGCAAUGAAGAGGACCUCCCGGGGGAUAGAUCGGUUGCUGCAAGAAUGGUUAGACGAGCACAAAUCUAGGAGGAAACCAAAAGGAGAGGAUGGGGCAAUGAAUCCAAUAAUAAUCAACCGAGGGCAAGACUUCAUGGAUGUCAUGCUCCCUAUCCUCGAAGACGAUCAAGAUAUUCAGAGUUAUUAUGAUGCUGAUACUAUCAACAAAGCUACGUGUUUGGCUCUGAUUUUAGCUGCAUCAGACACCACAUCAGUAUCCUUGAUAUGGGCCCUUUCUUUGUUACUGAACAACAAAAAAGCCCUGGAGAAGGUCCAGCAGGAACUGGACAACACCAUUGGGAGGGCCAGGCAAGUCCAGGAAUCAGACCUCAAGAACCUCCCUUUCCUCCAAGCAACCAUCAAGGAAACCUUGAGGCUGUACCCGCCCGGCCCGCUCGCGGUCCCGCACCAGGCCUUCGAGGACUGUUGCGUUGCUGGCUACUUCGUUCCGAAGGGCACCCAAGUCCUAUUUAACCUCUACAAGAUCCACAGAGACCCGCGAGCCUGGCCUGAGCCCACCGAGUUCCGGCCCGAGAGGUUCCUGACCGUCCACAGGGACUUGGAUGUAAGGGGACAGCAUUUUGAGCUCAUACCUUUUGGCAGCGGUCGUCGGAUGUGCCCCGGAGUCUCGGUGGCCCUCCAAGUCCUAGGCCUCACGCUGGCUUCUUUCCUUCACACCUUCGAGGUCUGCUCUCCCGGCGAAGAGGCAGUCGACAUGCAGGAAGCUAGCGGAUUAACUAAUCUUAAAGCCAACCCGCUGGAAGUGCUCAUCACUCCUCGUGUUCCCGAAAACCUGUUUCAGUAGAUGAUUAUCUCUUUCUAUAUCGAAUUAAUCACAGCCAUCGGCAGUUGUUGGAUAAUUUACAUAAAAAAUCUCCAUUACUAAUCCUUUUUAA